GUGCGCGUGUGUGUGUGUUAGUGUGUUUGUGUGCAAAACAAUAAAUAAACAAAAAAAAAACAAAUAAUAAUAAAUAAAAAAUAAAAUAAACUAGAAAAUAAAUGUAAAAAAAAAAAAUAAAUUAUUAGAAUUAAAAUGUUGAAAUCAGGAAGCGCAGCAGCGGCAACAACAACAAAAACAAAAGCAACUCAAAUAACAAAAACAACAACAACAACAAUAGCACACACCGCAGCCGCAACAGCAGCAGCAGCAGCAGCAGUAGGAGCAGCGCACAGCAGCGACGUCGACGUCGCAGUCAGCGUCGCCGCAUGGAAAAUCGCCGCACAAAAAAAUACCGCAUGACAAGGAAAUGGAAAAUUUUGUUGCAGCAAUAGGCAAAAAAAAAAAAGAAAUACGCAAAUGUGAACAAGAAGAAGCAAGAAAGUGCAUAAGAUAGAAUUGUAAUAAUAAUAAUAAUAAAAACAAAAGCGAAAAAUAACAAGAAAAGAGCUAGAAGAAGAAGAAGAAGAAGCAAACACAACUGUGGCGAAGAAGAAGAAGAGGAAGAAGAAGCAGCAGGAAAUUAAAACCGCAAAAACGAAAAACGAAGAAGAAGCAGAACUUGCAUCUUUGGAAAAGCUAAAAAAAAUUAACAAAAAAGAAUAUAAAUAAUGGCCAGCAGCGCUACAAACGCCGACGGCGGCAGCACAACGUCGGCAGCGCUGCCAUCGCUCUUCCCCAGCGUCACUGGCGCCGGCAGCGUCCGGGACAUGGACGGACUGAUCGCCAUCAAUGAUAGCGCCCUAUCGCAACAGAUCGAAUUUAUACUACAAGAUGCUCCCAUGGAGCAGGACGAGCAUCCUCACCACCACUCUCACUCGCACUCUCACUCGCAUUCGCAUCACCACUCGCAGCAGCAGCAGCAGCAGCAUCAGCACCACCAGCCGCAGCAACACCAUCACCACCACCACCAUCAUCAUCAUCAUCAUUUAAAGCUAGAGAGUAGCGGCAGCGGUAGCAGCAAUAGCAGCAGCAGCAGCAGCAACCACCACCCACCGACAGCGGCAUCAAGUGCCGUCUCUGCAGCAGCAGCAGCAGCAGCAGCAGCAACAAAUAAUAGCGCUUCCUUUACCAGUUGCAACAACAACAACAAUCAUCUGGAUAACCACCUGGAUAGUCAUCAUCAGCAGCAGCAGCAGCAGCAGCAGCAGUUGCUCCUCCAACAUCACCACCACCAACAGCAACAGCAGCCGGCACAGCAGCAUCAUCUGCUAAACGGGCGGCGUAUCAUCAUCCAGGCGACCAGCAACAGUUCCAUUCUGGCUGCCAGCGAUAUCAAGGAGGAGGAAGAGGAGGAGGAGGAUCCGGAGCUGAACGAUGAGAACCUGCAGGACAUCGAGGAGGAGGCCCAGGCGGCGGAGGCCGAUGAAGAGCCGGAAACAACGGGCGGACGUACAGCGGCGCAGGUGAAGCUGGAACUGGAGGAGGAUGAGGAGAUGCCUGACGAAGAGGAGGAGGAGGAAGACGACGAUGACGAGGAGGAGGAGGAGCAACAGCAGCAGAGUGGCCAGCAGCUGGAGUAUCAGAUUAGUACGGCCACGCAGACGGGGACUGGGAGCAGUACCCAGCAGUUGGUGCAACUGCCGGCGGGCAGUAUUGUGAGCACCACCACCACCACCCACCGACUGGCCGUGCCCGUGACUGAGGCGGCGCUUGUCCAGCUCCAGCGCCGCCCAGUAUAUAUUAGUAAUGCUGUGGGGGGUCUGACGGCCGGAACAACGUAUGUUCGUAUGCCGGCGGUGAUAAGCCGGAGUCCGAUGACCGUAUUGAAUGUUGUCCAGCAGGCGUUGCCGGCCACUCAGUUGAUCCUUCAGACCCAGUCGGCGCCAGUGCAGCAGCAACAGCAGCAGCAGCAGCAGCAGUCUCAGGUGCAGCAACCUGCGGAUCAACAACAACAACAAAUAGCUUUAGCAUUGGCCCAACAGCAGCAACAACAACAACAGCAGCAUCAGCAACAACAACAACACACCCAAUCAGUGAAAUCUUCAUCAUCCAGCUCUUCCUCAAUCAAUAACAACAACAAUUCUACUAACAACUCGAAUAAUAGUAGCAACAACACCACCGCAACAACAACUACAACACGAACAACACCCACACCAACUCCCACACCCACUCCCACCCCACCAACACCAACACCCACUCCCACAACAACAACAACAACAACUAGCUACCAAUGUGUGGAAUGUGUUGAAAAGUUCGAUUCAAAGGAACUAUUCGAUAUCCAUCGGAGUGGACAUGCCAACAACAUGAAGUGCGCCAUCUGCAACAUGGUACUGAAGUCACUGAAGAACUACGAGAAGCACUGCCUUCGCUGCAAGCCGUACGAAUGCCAGAUAUGUGGUCGAGUGGUCCGUUUCCGGCCGAAUUUCAUCAAACAUAUGAGGGUUCAUACCGGGCAGCAGUCGGAGCGGCACAAGUACAAGUGCGAGGUGUGCCACAAGGAGUUCAUGAGCUUCGAAUACUUCAAGGUGCACAAGAAGAUCCACAACGAGAAUGUGAAUCUGACGUGUGAGAUCUGUGGCAAGGUGUUCAGUGCCCUGGCAUCCCUCCGUGGACACUCCAAGCUCCAUUCCGGCGUCAAGUUGCACAAGUGCGAUGUUUGUGGCAAGGGCUUUGGACAGCGCUAUAACCUGAAGAUACACGCCAGGACGCACACCGGCGACUUCCCCUUCGAGUGCAAGAUCUGCAAGAAGAAGCUGCACACCCAGUCGUCGCUGCAGACGCACAUGCAGGUCCAUUUGCGGGAUCAGCCGGGCGGGGCGACAGCAGGAUCGACAGCCUCCACGAAGGGCAAUAGCAACUCCUCCAGCUCCAAUGGGAGCAGCGGCAACAGUGGCGGUGGACAAGCGACAAAAAUUGUCAAGUUGGAGCCACCGCAGGAGCUGGAACGGCCAGGAACUAGCAACCAGCAUCAGAAUCAGAAUCAGAAUCAGAUGGAUAUGGAUGAUCAGUCGGGUGGCAGUGGGGAUGAGGAGGAUAUGGUGAACUCAUCCUCAUCGCACAUCGUGAACGCAACCACCAAUCGCUUGACCACCGGCGAGGACUCAUCCAAUGAGUCUUCGAAUGCCUCGCUCCACCAGCAGCAUCACUCCUCGUCCUCAUCCUCGCCAGCAACGCAUUCAAACUCGCAACACCAGCACCAGCAGCAGCAGCAGCAACAACUCCCGCCGCAACAUCAGCAGCAGCAGCAGCAACAACAACAACAGCAAUAUCUUGUCUCGGCGCCCACACGAACGAUUGUUAUUAAGAACUAUAUGCAACAGGGUGGUGGCCAGCAACAGACGCAGGCAACACACCAACACCAACAGCAGCAACAGCAGCAGCAGCAACAGACCUCCGAUCCAACGCCCGUGCUGCAUGCCCAGGUCAUCCAGAGCGGUGCAGGCACCAGCAACGGUAGCGGGAACCACCAUAUAUCCACCGGCAACAGCAACAACAGCAACACCAACAGCAGCAACAGCAACAACGGCAGUGGCAACAACACCACCAGUGUGCUCAGCAAUGGCUCGCAACUGAUACGGAAGACUCCGAUCAUCCAUCAUUCGACGGGCAGCAGCAGCAGUGGACCAGCGCUGACCAGUGUGGUCCAGCAGACAGGUGUUAUCUCGCCCGCUCAGUCGCCAUCGUCGUCGUCCUCCUCGUCCACGGUGCUGGUGUCCAAGGCCACUGGUGUGCCACUAUCGAUUGCCUCUUCGGCGGCAGUUGCUCUCGGUGGCUCCACCAUAAUCCGGAGUACCAGGAACCACCACCAGCAGCAGCAACAGCAACAGCAGCAGCAGCAGCGAGCGACGCAACAGCGUAAUAACCACCGAAACCACCACCGACGCCGCCAUCUCGCCGACAUGGAUGACGACGAAGACGAGGACGAGGAGCAACAAUCGCAUCAGUCGCACCAGCAGCAUCCGACGCACCAACAGCCACUGAACCAUCAUCAUCAUCAGAGCCAUAACCAGCACCACCACCACCAUCAUAACCACCACAACCACCACUUCGAUGACGAUGAUGACGAUGAGAAGUCUUCACCGUCCCUGGCCACAGCGGCCAUCAUUAAGGUGGAACCGAAUCUGUACUCGUCCGGUUCCGGUGACAACUCCAACGACAUGUUCAUCAAGGAGGAGGUGAUGUUCGAGGAUUCCGCCGCACCACACUCGCCCCAGUCGCCGCCAAGCUCCAAGUUUCGUAUCUCGAAUUUUGACAGCGAUCUGGUGGACCAUCAUGUGGACUUGAAUCAUUCGCUGCCGCCGUAUGGGAAUCUAUUUGAGACGCACUCAAUACCGGACAGUAUACCGGUGCAAUUGUAUCCGGACGAUGAUGACGACUUCCGGCUGGACCAUAGCUCGUUGGGGGGAUUGCACAAUACGACCUCGUCCUCGACCACCGAUGGGGAUUUCAUUAAAAAGGAAUGGGUCUACGGCACCGGCACCAGUUCCUAUGCCAUGAACGGCAAGUUCGAUGAUGACAGUGAUGCGUUGUGCGAUGCCGCCAACUUUAUAUACAAUUGAGUGACGGUAGUGAUGAAGGAGGAGGAGGACCAGGACAAGGACAAGGAUCCGGAGCUGGAGAUGGAGAUGGAGAGGAGCAUCCUGCGGCGUGUUCAUGAUGCGGCCAUGUGGAGCUGAGCUCGAAACAAAAUUAGGUUUUUAGUCCAGAAUUCAUAGCUAUGCCAGUACAUAUAUAUACAUAUAUAUAUAUCCGAAUAUCCGAUAUAUAUAUAUAUAUAUAUAUGUAUAUAAUCCUGUCCCCCCUCCCUACCAUACACACAUACACUUUAGGGAUGGAGCGAUUUGUUUGAAGACAAAAAAAAAAAAAAAGAAAAGAAAAGUAAUCUCUGGAAGCUUUCUAGAUCUUAUUACGAGAGACACUACUAUUCCACUAUUAGAGGACUACUAUUAGCGAUGAGAUGAUUAUGUUGUCACAGAGAUCCUUCAGAGAUUCUUCCAGGAAACAGAGAUCUUAGAAGAAAGGGGACAUUUUGAAAGUAAACUUUAGAGAUUGAGAAAUUGUUCAAUAGAGAUUUCUGUGAUAUAAUUAGUAUAAACUAUAUAUUUUUUUUAAUAAUUCAUAUUUUAAAUUAUUUCUUUUUUUGGCACUCUAACAAGUCGCACCAUCCCAUCUCUAUAUAUCCCGUUAUAUACCGAUAUAUACACUACCUAUCGGAUACUAUAUGUCCACAUCUAGAACAUUUGCUAUCUCUGUUGCGCUCGUGAUGAUCUUAUAACGUGAUCUUAAGUCUUAAAUGUGUAAAGCAUUUUUUUUAUUUCACUUUCGUUCAGAUAUUUUUUUCACUGUGUAUGAUUUUUUCUGUUUUUUUCAUUUAAUUUGUAUUUUUUUGUUUAAAUGUUGUAGUUGUGUUUAUUGCUCUCGCUCGCUCACUCUGAAUGUCUCCGUCUUUGUUGCUCUCGUGAGAUGUUUUUCCCGACCUCCUGUCUCUGUCUCUCUCUAUCUCUGUGUCUGUCUAUCUUGCUCUGAUCUAUAUAUAACAAAAAAAAUUAAAUCCAUCCCCACCUUUUCUACAAGAAUUGUGUAGCCGCCCCCCCCC